GCGGCGGCGGCGGCGGGUGCGGCGCGGGGCGGCUGGGCCGCGGCGCUCACCAUGCCCUACAAGCUCAAGAAGGAGAAGGAGUCUCCCAAGGCCGCGAAAAGCGCCGCCAAGGCCGCCAGCAGCGGGAAGGAUGGUGGGGCAGAGAAUUCAGACGAGGCCCAGCAGCCGCAGCCGCAGCAGCAGCAGCAGCAGCAGCAACAACAGACAACUUCGAAUAAGCGCCCGAGUAACAGCGCCCCCCCACCAACGCAGCUGAAUAAGAUCAAGUACUCGGGGGGACCCCAGAUUGUGAAGAAGGAGCGUCGACACAGUUCCUCUCGCUUCAAUCUGAGCAAAAACCGGGAACUGCAAAAGCUCCCAGCCCUUAAAGAUGCUCCUCCGCAUGAACGAGAAGAGCUUUUCAUCCAGAAGCUGCGGCAAUGCUGUGUGCUUUUUGACUUCAUCUCCGACCCCCUCAGUGACUUGAAGUUCAAGGAGGUGAAGCGAGCGGGUCUCAAUGAGAUGGUGGAGUACAUCACACACAACCGUGAUGUUGUCACUGAAGCCAUCUAUCCUGAAGCUGUUGUCAUGUUUUCAGUGAACCUCUUUCGAACGCUCCCGCCAUCGUCCAAUCCCACAGGCGCGGAGUUUGACCCUGAGGAAGAUGAACCCACGUUAGAGGCUGCCUGGCCACAUCUUCAGCUGGUGUACGAGUUCUUCCUCCGUUUCUUGGAAUCGCCCGACUUUCAACCAAACGUAGCCAAGAAAUACAUUGACCAGAAGUUUGUACUAUCUCUGCUGGAUCUCUUUGACAGUGAAGACCCCAGAGAGCGAGACUUCCUAAAGACCAUUUUGCACAGAAUUUAUGGCAAGUUCCUGGGUCUGCGAGCAUAUGUGAGGCGGCAGAUCAACAAUAUAUUUUACAGGUUUAUCUAUGAAACGGAGCACCACAAUGGGAUUGCAGAGCUGCUGGAGAUCCUGGGGAGCAUAAUCAAUGGGUUCGCUUUGCCUCUGAAGGAAGAGCACAAGAUGUUCCUCAUCAGGGUCUUGUUACCACUGCACAAAGUGAAGUCUCUAAGUGUCUACCACCCACAGUUGGCCUACUGUGUUGUGCAGUUCUUGGAGAAAGACAGCAGCUUGACAGAGCCGGUGAUCGUGGGCUUGCUGAAGUUCUGGCCAAAGACUCACAGUCCCAAGGAAGUGAUGUUUUUGAAUGAGCUAGAGGAGAUCCUGGAUGUGAUUGAGCCCUCUGAGUUUGUGAAAGUUAUGGAGCCCUUGUUCAGGCAGUUGGCCAAGUGUGUCUCCAGUCCGCACUUCCAGGUGGCAGAGCGAGCACUGUACUACUGGAACAACGAAUAUAUCAUGAGCCUGAUCAGCGAUAAUGCAGCCAAAAUUCUGCCGAUCAUGUUUCCAGCGCUCUACAAGAACUCCAAGAGUCACUGGAACAAGACAAUCCAUGGGCUGAUCUACAAUGCACUGAAGCUGUUCAUGGAGAUGAACCAAAAGCUUUUUGAUGACUGCACACAGCAAUACAAGGCAGAGAAGCAGAAGGGAAGAUUCAGGAUGAAGGAACGAGAAGAGAUGUGGCAGAAGAUAGAGGAGCUGGCCCGGCUGAACCCCCAGUACCCCAUGUAUUAUGCACCUCCACCACUGCCUCCUAUCUGCUGCAUGGAAACAGAGACCCCAACUGCAGAGGACAUCCAGCUACUGAAGAAGACAGUGGAGACAGAGGCUGUGCAGAUGCUGAAAGACAUAAAGAAGGAGAAGGUUUUGCUGCGCCGGAAAUCGGAGCUUCCUCAGGACGUCUACACUAUAAAAGCCCUGGAGGCCCACAAGAGAGCAGAAGAGUUCCUCACCUCAAGCCAGGAGGCUCUCUGACGGGUUAGGAGCUGGCACGGGAAGCUCUGCCCCAUCCCUUCCCCCCAGGGGUCACAGAAACGCACUCGGUUCUCAUGUAUAACUAAGGAAUGAACAUGGUGAGCUGUGCCUAUCCUCCACUCCAUCUGCAUUUCCCCCCCUCCCCCAAAGAGUAGAUCUGGUUUUACGUUGUCCCUUCUCUCUUACCACUGCCAUGUCCUCCCGCUUCUCCUCCUCCCUCUUGCUUCUCCACUUUUUGUGUGUACGUGAAGGGAGCCUGCCUGGCCUGUGAUUGCAUUAGCCCAGGCAGGAGUCACUUCAUUUCCAGCCCCUGCCCAGUUCUUGCUGUGCCCGGGGACCAGAGCCUUGCUGCCCGGCAGGGAGGAGCUGCUCCUCUACCUCUGCUGGCAGGAGGGUGACCUAACGUGGGUGCCGGGAGCUGCUCUCAGCUACCUCUGUAAACGGCAGGGAGAGCUGGGCCCCUCUGCAGCUCGUGUCUGAGGGGUGCCUGAGCUAGGCAGAACCACGGCGCGAUUCAUCUCGCUGACUGCGAAGAGCCUGGCUGGCCAACUUGGCCUGCCGGAGGAAGGUGCCACACACCCCGUCCCUGCUGCCUGGUCCAGGUGUGCCAGCCAGAGAGGCCGCGUGCAGCUCGGUGCGCUGCUGCGAGCCCCGUGCACGCGUCUCAGUCCUGCCUUCCGCAGUGCUGCCUGCACAGCCAAGCCCAGCGACGAUCGGAGGUCGGGCUGGGUUCAGGGCAGGAAUGUGUGGCAGAAGGAGCCUGUGAGGGCUCCGCUGUCCCACCGCCCUCCCUUGGGGUGGUGGUGUGCAGUUGGAGAGUCUCACCUACAGAAGAGAUGUUCACUUCCACCUUUCUUUUGCCUCCAGUCCCCUGUUCUGUUCCCCUGUCUGUGGAGUGGGGGGGGGGUCUGUGCUUUGCCACCCCUGGGGAAACUGGGUGUAAGCACUACGUACUAUUGCUUCUCUCCCCUUAGAGCAGCCUUAGAAGCUCUUCUGUGGGAAAAUGAUUUCCUUCAGCUGUUUGUGUUGCUCCUUGCUGAGUUGUUUCCGCCCCAGCAUCUUGGUAGUCAUAGGCCCAGAAUUAACUUGACUUUUGCUUUCUUCCUCUAUGUGCUCAAUUCAAAUACUCCUGCAGACCUCCCUUUGUCACUGUGUCCCAUCCAUGCCUUAGCUCUACGGUGGCUGGAGUUUCUAGGAAGCUUGUGCUGCUAAAGAAAUUCCUGCAAGUUAGUGGAAGUAACAGAUAGGCAUCAUGGGGUCAGGCUGAAUUUAUGAGUGUUCAAUCAUCUCCUCUUUACAAUCAGUGGUAGCUGCUACUAGUGAAUUGCUUCUGCAGGUGCCCUGAGCAAAAUUUGCGUUGCCCUGUUACUUUGGCACCUGCUCUGUGGCCUAAAGUCCUUGUUAGUUAUCGCAUGGCACACUGGGGACUUGCUGUGGUCAUUUAGCCUUUAGAACGUACUUGCCGAUAGCCCAGGGGCCUGUGCAGCACUUGGGUGCUACUGUGAUCCAGCUCUCGAGCUUUGUCCCCUGCCUUUCGUGGUGCAGGUUUCAGCCCCAGGCCGAGGUGCCACCUCAGAGAGGCUGGCUUGCAAGAGAGAAGGGAGCCUUCCUUGCUUCUCACCUGCCAUGCUUGCUUUUCUUGAUGUGUAAGCCUGCAGGGAUUUGCAGUGGUUUAGGGAGCUUUUGGGGCCAGUGCUAGUCUGACUGCUGCUUUGCAGCAUUGUGGGAUGCUGCCGAAGGUCCUGGUGUGUCUUCUCCUUGUCCUCACUAGCAGCCUGCUUCCCAGGUCAUAGAUUCUUCCCCUGUGAUCUUACCACUGGUGUGCAGCGUAUCUUUCCUUUCUUCAGUUUCUUCAGCCCUGCUGCUCUUAGUUGUUUUUCCUCAACCCAAAUUAAGCUGUUGUGGCUUUUUUUCCCCCUCUGUGUGUCCUGUACCCACCCUCAGCCCUGUGUAGCUCUUUUCAGCAGAGCUUCUUUCAGUCUGGCCUGUUAGGCAUGCCACCAUCUCUUAGGAGCAGCUGGCAAGCGUGAGUAUAUGAGAAAUCAUAGGCAUCACCCAAGCCUCUGCUUCCCCUCUGCUGCGUGCAGUGGGCCAGCUCAUCAGGAGAUCUAUGAAACACCUCAGGGAGGUUAUUGCUUAUUUUGAACAUUAGUCUGAGCUCAUGGUCAGCUGCCAAUCAAUUACCUCAUGCCUGGCACAGCAUGUAGACAUGCACUGGGUAAUUCCAGACAAAACACAGGAGUGGCAGACGUCUCUAGGGCAGAGCAGAGACAAAAGAUCGCCAAGUGCCAUCUGCAGCAAGGCUUGGGGCUGCAGAAGAUGUUUCUUCCCUUUGCAGUAUGGAGUUUUUCCAACCUGUCUGCUUAGCAUUGUGUUAUAAGCUGCCACCUCAUUUUUAAGAGUGCUACGGCCCACGCACGCCCUCGCUAGAGCCCCCUCGCUGCUAAGAGCGGUCGUGUUUCCCUGCUGUGGGCUGUUCCACCUGCGAUAAGGAGCAGACUUCUGGAGCGCAGAGGUAGUUGCCGUCCUUCAGAUGGGCUGUCUCCACCUGCAGCCCCCUGCCCUGGCCAGAGGAAUAGCAGUGAGCUUGUGCCACGUGCAGGGGCAGGAGUGUAAUGGAUCACAACUACAUGCUGUACAGCUUGGAUGUUCCCAUAGCUUUGUGUAUAUUGUUCUGGGUCAGGGAACUUAUGCUUAGUACCUUAACAUUACUAUUAGUUUGCUGCCUAUUCAUUCCAGUGUCCUGGACAUCUAAGAAGGGGACCAUGUGAGAAGAGGGGGGAAGCGUGUUAACCCUCUCUGCCACACAUACUGCUUAUUAUGCAGACUUGUGUCUGCCACGCUAGGGCUGUCCCUUGCUCCACACUCGGUUUCUAGCAUUAGUGCUCAUUUCUGCCUAUGCCUUUCCCCACGUCGACCAAAACGGACAGAACUGGAGCUGCCUCUUCCACUUCACACGGCUCCCUCCUCCUGAGGGAACAAGCAAAACUACUGCAUUCACCCCCUGGACACAAGUAUUAAGCUGCUUACAGUUCAUAUGUGCAUAUGGUGUACUUUAUUUUCAGUAGAGCAUUACAUAGUAUGAAAGUGUUGGAUUUUGUACAGAUGUCCCUGUAUGUACAGAACUAAAUAAAACCAAUCUCUUGGAAAGACA